AUGCAGAGCGGAUUCGACCAGGAAGAAUUGUUACGGAAGCUCGAUGCCGUGGACAGCGAUUCUAGUUCAAAUGACGGCAUCACAUCACUGCCCAGCAGGUUACCAAAUAGUUUGUUGAAUACCACCAUUGAGCAUUGGUGGAAAAAGGAUCCUUCUCAAUUGGUUGGGAUCUUACCAAAGGGGUCUAGUGCAUUGUUGGAGUCUUACUUCCCGUUGUUUGCACUCUGUAUGGCUGUGAACGUGCCGACGAAGUUUCUCAAUGUGGAUUUUAAGGAAUUAGUGUAUAACCCACAUUGGUUCAAAGGAGAGUUGGUACAAUCUGAUUACAGAUUGGUGCAUAGGAAUGCGGGUCCUCUUUUGAUUCAUAAGAGAGAGUUGACCGGUAGUGAAUAUUUGGAAAUGCAACCGGAAUUGAUCCCACGGAUGCAACUAUUGAUAGGCAUAGCCAACGAUCCAGAAUCGAUGAGAAGGUUCGUUGCAUCCGAAUUGAUCAAUAAGGGUACAGAUUUCAACGUGUCCAGAGCCCUCUCUGAGUGUGACCACCUCUCAGAAGUAUUCCCGCAAUUCAUCAAGAACUUACACAAUGAUAUGGAUUUGUGUUUGAAAGACGAUAAAUCUACUUCGAAAUUAUUCCUUUCUAAAGCACUCCACAGACCAAACGUAUUAGAGCCUUUCCAACCCACUUCUUUAUCCGUAUUAAAUUUUUCACCGGAAAACUACGCUUAUACACUUUAUGAGAUGUUCAAUCCGAUGCUCUUGCCAGAAGAUUCUGGGAGGGGAUACGAAAUAGAGAAUGCCUUUGAUUUCCUGGCUCCCGUGUUCACUAUCAUCUUCGAUGACAUGGACGAUACAACUGAAGAAGUGAACCUUUCCCACGGAGUACAGAUCCCCAUCGAGUUCUACCCCCAACUGUAUACCAAGAAUGCUUUGGAAAAAGUGGUCGUCCCUGUCCUCGAGGAGACUGAUGCCUUAAGGAAUACUAAUAAGUUGAAAGUGGACCAAAUGUCAUCCUUGCAAUCGUUUCAGGGGAAGCAGAUCAGCUCUUUCUUGAACAGUUCCAUCAAUUACUUGGAAGAAAUUCCAUUAGGAGACGAAGAUAAAUCAAAAGAGUUGGUUGACACUUUAGAAAAAAUCAAGUACCAGCUAUCGAACAAGAAACGUGAAAUGAUGGCCGAUUAUACAGAAACUCAAAGACAAAUCGAUUUGUUAUCCUUUGAAGGACCAUCUGAAAAGAUAAUCGAUCUGGCAAAACAGGUUGGUAUCAUUGAUGAGCCGUACCUACUCCGGCUAGUGGUAUUUUCGCCAAACGACUACAUAAUUGCACGUGGAAUCAGUGCUGACGAUGGUAAUACCGGCAUGGAAACUGGCAACAACAAUCUGCAGUAUAUCAGGAAUAUCAUUGAGUUUGGAUCAAGCAGCCUCACUCAAGAGGAACUCACAGCGCAGGAAACUCAAGAUAUAACAAAAUCACACACAAGACAUGCAUCCGAGACUCCAAUCCUUUUCGUUUACAUUAAAAAAGACCAUAUUGACGCACCGCAAGAUAUUCUGGCUUCCAUUUCCGAAAAUGAAACCCUAACAAAUUUCCUCAAAGAAGAGCACACUACGUACGUUAAUUAUAAACAGUCACCGUAA